UCAAUUACACAUCGUUUGAAUUUGGGAUUCACGCUCAUGGUCUUUUUUCUAGUAAACUUCGCUAUUUCAAGUUGGAUCUAUUUGAUUUAUUCUUUUUGGAUUUCCUUUAUAAUUUUAAAUACACUUUGUUCGAAGUUGCUGAAAAAAUAUAAAUCUGCCACCGAAUGGUUCGUUCUUAUUCUCGGGAAAGGCUUGUCGUAACCGCAUGAGCAUUCUUCUUCCAACCAUACUCUUCUCAUCGAUUAUGAUUAUGCACUACCUAAUAAUGUCUCACACCUUCUACUGAAUUUUGAGUUCAAUAUUAUCGGUGACUGACCAAAGUGAAGGUGGAAAUAUUAGUGAGAUCAUAUUACUUUUCACUUCUUGAUGUAUAUCAUUACUCUAUCAUGAACAUAAUAAUCUUCAGACCAUUCCAUAAUUACAUUUGCUUCUUUCUAUUGGCAUAUUAGUCUUCAAUUAAUAGAAACGUCACCAGGCAGAAAAAAUCCAAAAGCAGGAAUGUGUCGAAUUAAUAAACUAAAAUUUUCAUCUAUGUUAUACUAAGUAAUAAGAUCAGAAGUAUGUAUUUACUGAUAAUAGAUAUAAUAGUCCUUUGUUU